AUGGAGUCUCAUUGUUUUCCUGAGGGUGUUGGGGUUCUGGUUGUGGAUCAUGAUCCUCAAGGGUUGGAGUCUCUUCACAAGAUGCUUCUCAAGUGCAAAUACAAAGCUAGUAUAUGUAAUUCAGCACGAGAGGCACUCGAUCUGCUCGACACACGAGAAGAUGAAUUCGACCUAGUACUCGGUGAUGUGGACUUGCCAGACAUGGAUGGUUUCGAGUUUCUCCAACAAGUAGUCCGUAAAACGGAGAUUCCAGUUAUAAUGAUGUGUGAUGACGGAGAGACAAGCAAGGUGAUGAAAGGGGUUCAGCACGGCGCCUGCCACUGUCUCGUCAAGCCCAUAAGGCUCAAGGAGAUCCGCAGCAUAUGGCAGCAUGUGUUUCGGAGGAGAAUGCACCAACGAGAUGAUAAUUCUACUAAUAUUCAUGUUGGCAACAAAAGAAAACAGAUCGAUACUGUUGGCGUUGGUGCUGGUGCUGGUGUUGAUCGUGCAGAUCCGGAUCCCACCCCACCCAACAAGAAACCUCGGGUGGUUUGGACCCCGGAACUUCACCAGAAGUUCGUCAGUGCUGUCCACUGCAUCGGAGGAUUAGAGAAAGCUGGCCCCAAGAAAAUACUUGACUUAAUGGGAGAGCCGUCUCUAACAAGAGAUAAUGUAGCUAGCCACUUGCAGAAGUAUAGGAUUUCUGUGAGCAGGCAAAACAAAGAAAAAGAGCUAAAAGCUUCCUAUAAUGUAAUGAAUCUCGCAGUUUCACACGCGAUGAACCACAACAACAACCAGAAUGAUACAGGCAUCUGUGCAACGCCAACGCCACUGGUGGCCGAUCGGCGAGACACUAGCCUCUGUGCAAUGCGAAUGGAUUACAUUGAUCAACCAAUUGAGUACAUUAAUCAGCCAAUGAAGUAUAAUGAUGAGCCAGUGGAGUACAAUGAUGAGCCAACGGAGUACAUUGAUGAGUUAUUCGAAGCUCUCGAAGCCACCUACAACUGGAGCUCCGCUACUCAUUACCUUGGAACUGAUUACCCACCACGGACAACUAUGCUCCGCUACUCAUUACCUUAGAACUGAUUACCAACAACUUAGAACUGAUUACAUGCUCCGCUACUCAUUACUUUAGAACUGAUUACCAACAACACUAUUUUUCUAAAUACUAUUUGAUUGACUUAUAAGAGCUUAUUUGGGAUAGAAAAAGUGCUUAGA